AGAGAGUGGUAAGGGGGGAGAAAAGAGGCGUGCAGUAAGCAGUAAGACAGGACGUAGAACGGCCGUUGCCGUUGUGUUUGGGCUCGGCUCGGUUCUGCCGCUUCCGUUAUGACGAUACUAUCCAGCGCUUGGCGCUGUGACCGGGCAAUAAGUUGUUUGUGAUUAUGCGUAACUGACGUGACUAUAUUUUAUGAAAAAUCCAGAAAAAACGUGAUGGAGGUCUACAUGGUUUUCGAAUUUAAUUGGUGAAUUGAUUCAUCGUUGAUCGUUAAGAGUUCCCGUACGCCAUGUGCUAUUGCCACGCGCGUUUCUUCUCUCUCUGGACUAUUCUCGGUUAAAUUUCCAUAAAAAUAUCGCUGGAUCGUUUAAACAAGAAUUAUCACUUGUGAUCAUAGUGUUUCAUGACAGUGUAAUUGUGGGAAGAUACAUUUCUCUUUCACCACCUCUGCAUUUUUGGUCCUGCUUGUAUCGAGAGCCAGAACGUGAACAACAACGGGAGACGUAGAAAAAAGGAUAGACGGCGAAUUCUGCGAGCUCUAAUACAAGAGAUAACGCGAGGAGCGCAAGUGGUGUAUCAAGAUGGCGCAUAAUUUGGCACCGAGCGUCAACUGUUCGCUCGACGACAUUGAUCUAAACGCUUUGAAGGAACCUGCAGGUAUCUUUGAGCUGAUUGAAGUAGUUGGUAAUGGAACAUACGGUCAAGUUUAUAAAGGUCGACAUACCAAGACCGGUCAGUUGGCAGCCAUUAAAGUUAUGGAUGUUACAGAAGAUGAAGAGGAAGAAAUCAAAUUAGAAAUAAAUGUAUUAAAACGGUAUUCGAACCACAGAAAUAUAGCAACGUAUUAUGGUGCCUUCGUGAAGAAGUCAUCACCUGGAAAAGAUGAUCAGUUAUGGUUGGUUAUGGAGUAUUGCGGAGCUGGCUCCGUUACGGAUCUUGUCAAGUCAACAAAGGGCCAGAGUUUAAAAGAGGAAUGGAUUGCUUAUAUAUCACGAGAAAUAUUGAGGGGACUUAGUUAUCUUCAUAGCAAUAAAGUUAUUCACAGGGAUAUCAAAGGGCAGAAUGUCCUGUUAACCGAUAAUGCUGAAGUUAAGCUAGUUGAUUUUGGCGUUAGUGCACAGUUAGACAGGACAAUAGGUAGAAGAAAUACAUUUAUUGGAACACCGUAUUGGAUGGCUCCAGAAGUCAUAGCCUGCGAUGAAAAUCCGGAUGCCACAUAUGACAAUAGAAGUGAUCUUUGGUCACUCGGUAUCACUGCUUUAGAAAUGGCUGAAUCACAACCUCCGCUUUGUGACCUCCAUCCGAUGCGGGCUUUAUUUCUGAUCCCACGUAACCCGCCACCGAGACUGAAGUCGAAAAAAUGGGCAAAGAAAUUCCACGGUUUUAUCGAAACAGUGCUAGUAAAAGAUUAUCAUCAACGACCGUAUACGGAACAGCUUCUUAAACAUCCUUUUAUCCGGGACCAACCAACCGAACGACAAGUCAGGAUACAACUCAAAGAUCAUAUUGAUCGUUGUAAAAAACGUAAACAAGAAAAAGAAAGGGACGAUUAUCGAUACAGCGGAAGCGAGAAUGAAGAAGAUGAGCCAGCAUUGGCUGGCGAACCGUCGUCUAUCGUUCAAGCUCCUGGUGGCGAUACAUUGCGUAGAAAUUUCCAGCAAAUUCAGGAGGGUAGGACUCUAACACAAGAAGUAGUUCCUCAACCACCUGCUGCUAAGGAAAAACCGAGUGGCAGAUCUCAAAGAGAUAUACCUGAACCAGGGCCACCUGCACGACCUGCCAUUCCUCACAGACUAAUCGUAGUUCCAGAUCCUCAACCACCGUCUCGGCCAUUACCACCGACACCCAGAGACGAUCCACGACAACCGCAUAAAGUUUCUACGCCGCCUUCCAAUCAUCAACCACCCGUUGCUGUCAGCGGUAGUGGAAGCUCUGGUGGACAAUCCGCCUCUCAAAGAAACAGUCACGUGUUUAAACCAAUGCUGCCGCCAAGGAGGCCGGAGGACUUGGACAUGCUGGCCGCUCAACUCAACGAGCUUGGUGUGUCACAGGGCCCAGAGGCCCCGCCAAGGCCAAACAGACAGCAUAAGGGCCCUGCUGCAUCAUCAACAUUGAACUCUGUUCAACCGGCAAGCAGUAACGAUCAAAACAACAAACAGAUGCCGCAGUCUUCUAGUAUUCUUGAUCAAGCUUUGUCUGUUGAAAGUGAUAGCGACGACGAUCUCGAAGAUGCAGGUGGAAACAAUGUGAGGAACGAUGGUACUCUGCUUGCAAGCGACCCACCGAAACCUUUACCCGAAUUUUCUCCUUUCAGACCAUCUACAGAUCCGUCGUCGAUGUCUUCGCAUAAUGUUCAGAACUCACACCACCAAGGUAAGUCUAAAGGCGGUGCACCAAAUCGACCACUUCCGCCAACGCCUGAUGAGGAAGAAUCAGAUCGUACACUAGUCAUGAAACGGAAACUUAGUCAGAUGUCAGACGAUCGCGCAGCGGCUAGCAGCAACCGGCGCUCCGAGGCAGACGAGCAGCUUCUCCUGAAGGAGUGGGAUUUCACCCGCUUCUUCCAGGGUUUUAACGAAAGGUUGGAUAAGAUGAAACAAGAACAUCCGCAAGAGGCGGCCGAUACGAAUAAGUCCGGUAGCGAGGAUCUCUCUUCGUCGUCUACCGAGAGAACGUUGAAGAGACAGCAACAGUUGUCGCGUAGGAAGUACGAAAACCAUCAGCAAGAACCGCAGCAUCAUCAGAAACAGCAACAGCAGUUAAAGCCGGCGCACAGGCGACAAGAAAGCGAUUCGAAGCUUGGCAAUACGUCCAGCGCUUUUGCACGUGCUUUUCGCCGUGAGAAUUCAGAUUUUUUUCCUUCCGCGAGACACUCUGCAUAUUUACAGAAGUCGGAUUCUUCAAGGUCGAGUAUAUUCGCAAGUGGCAAUCGCCGCGGAAGUGAGAUAAGCGUUGCCGGUAUCGCUGGUAAAAAGGGCAAUGCUGUCAGUACCGGCGAACCGGUUCUUACAGACUUCUCUUUCGACUGUGAUGGUCUUCAGAGGCCUAGAAGAGAAAAGACAGAGAGCGAGAUCGUUAGGAGACACGGGACCAGAAGGUUCGACUUUGGACGCGAUAAAGAUGACACAACGAGGAGACGCAGUUGUAGACCAUCAGAUGCGGUUUCUGCCGCAGUUGACGAAGCAGGAACUAUUAAAUCUACGGCCAGUACAACGGCUAGCGAGUACAGCCCCAUUGUCACUCAGAACCGAGAAGGUGGCGAUCGGCCAAGAGGCGGCGGCGGAGGUGAUUUCCAGAGGUCAGACUCAUCGCCAGGGUCACGGCCAAGCUCUGUUCUGCCGGAUCUUCUCACUUCGUCCCCGAGUCAACGACAGGACAAGUCAACCAGCGAGGAGUAUCGGCAAGCGGUUAAAUCACCACCUCCGUUUGCGCUUCAACAGAAGCAGAGAUCUUUUCUCACGUUUGGAUUCGGAGCUGGUCCGGCCAGGAGGGAAUCUCACGUGAACGUUAACGUAACGCCGACCAGCCACGACCUGGCAUCCGACACGCCCGAAAUACGCAAAUAUAAAAAACGUUUCAACAGCGAAAUACUCUGCGCUGCACUGUGGGGAGUAAAUCUAUUAAUUGGCACCGAGAAUGGCCUUAUGCUGCUAGAUAGAAGUGGUCAGGGUAAAGUUUAUCAGUUGAUAAGUAGAAGACGAUUUCAACAAAUGGAGGUCCUCGAGGGUCAAAACAUUUUGGUCACAAUUAGCGGAAAGAAGAACCGGGUACGAGUGUAUUAUCUUUCGUGGCUCAAGAGCAAGAUUUUACGAACUGACGGACACAGCGACCAAGUGGAACGACGUAACGGUUGGAUCAACGUUGGCGAUCUCCAAGGGGCGGUACACUUCAAAAUAGUCAAAUACGAGAGAAUAAAGUUUCUCGUUAUCGCGCUGAAGGACUCCAUAGAAAUUUAUGCAUGGGCACCGAAACCUUAUCAUAAAUUCAUGGCUUUCAAAUCGUUCGGCGAACUAGCGCACAGACCACUUCUCGUGGAUCUUACCAUAGAGGAAGGUACACGAUUGAAAGUCAUCUAUGGCAGCGCUGAUGGCUUUCACGCUGUUGAUUUGGAUUCUGCAACGGUUUACGAUAUUUAUCUACCAAAACAUACUCAGGGUCCUAUUUGUCCACAUUGCAUUGUCGCAUUACCCAACAGUAAUGGAAUGCAGCUACUGUUGUGCUAUGAUAACGAAGGUGUAUAUGUGAACACUUAUGGUAGAGUUUCCAAGACGAUGGUCCUUCAAUGGGGUGAAAUGCCCACGAGUGUUGCCUAUAUUGGUACAGGACAAAUAAUGGGCUGGGGCAAUAAAGCGAUUGAGAUUAGGAGCGUAGAAAGUGGUCACCUCGAUGGUGUAUUCAUGCACAAGAAAGCUCAACGGCUCAAGUUCCUUUGCGAGCGUAAUGAUAAGGUAUUUUUCUCGUCAGCAAAAGGCGGAAGUUCGUGCCAGAUUUACUUCAUGACAUUAAAUAAACCUGGCAUGGCUAACUGGUGAUCCCGAAUGUGGCCAAAUCUGGCCCCAACAUUAUCUUCGCGUAUAAUGAUACAAAAUCUAUUGCGUGUAUCAGGAUAUAUAUCUUUGAUAACUCGUUCUUCACUGCCAAGAUUAAACAACGCCAUGGAAAACAGAAAAUGUUUUCAGCGGAGUCAAUAUCAUUCUCAAUUUUAUUAUAGUCGCCGUCGUCAUCUUCGCCAUUGUCGUCAACAUUGUCGCUAUCAUCAUCAUCGGCAUCGUCACCAUCAUCGUCAUCGUCACCGUCACCGGCUCCGCCAAUGACAUUGUUAUCGUCAUCGACAUCAUCAUCAGUACCAUCACCAUCACCACCACGACCAUCAUCGUUUCCUUCGGCAAGAUCAUUAUGGUCUGUAUCAACAUUUUUGCUCGAGUAAUUAUACAUUAAUUCAGGAAAACGUAACCUAUGGCGAGGAAUCCCGACAGAAUUUUUCAACAAUUUUUGCAGAGUACACAAGGGACACUGAUAUUUGUAAAUCUUCUUGUAAAGAAAUUUCUGUGCUUUUUUAACCGUUUAUUAUUCGUAAUACAGUUUAGCGUGUGAAAACGCACGUAGAUUUUUUUAAACGAUGGUUCCUUCCUCACACCGAUGUCCCUUUUCAUAAAAGAGAAUAUAAAGUAGGAUCGAAGUAUAUGCACAAAAUUCAGUUACACUUUUUUGAUAAGAUCUAUUAUCAUUUUAUCAUUGCCCGAGUAUUUUCAACACUAUGUAUUUGAUCUUAAGUCUUGGAAGGUUUGUCAAUUUCGCGAGAAAGCAUUAAAACAGUAUGACAUUUUAAAAGUAAUAAUGAAUUGGUCGUGUUAAAUCCAAUUUUUAAUGCGAAACAAUAAUUUCUUGGCCAAGUACGCGUAGAUGACUAAUUGCCAGCGAAUCGUGACAAUAUCGUUGUACCGUAUUGUUAUUGUAGACGCAAGGACUUGCGCAAUAUCGAUGAUUUGAUUUGUAUAAACAAGAAGACCUUCCGAAAUAAGUUUUUAAUAAGUGACUAAACUUUUUUAUCAUAACAGUAACUACAUUAAAUGUCUUGGUUGCUCCAAGCACAGACGCGCGUGCAAAAUAUGAUAUGAAUGAAUGUUUGCGUUUUGCACUGAAAAAGAUAUUAUAGAGAAAGCGCGCGCACGUGAGUGAAAGCGAGAUUAAUGGAGAAUGUACAGUGUAUGUUUUUUAAAAUUAUUUUCCAUUGAAUCUUGUAUUUUUUUAUAAAGGCAUUGGACGUAAUUUCAAUUUAUUUGAAAGUGAUCGCUUCCAUGGAAUACAGUUAAUUGUAAUUACGUAUGUUAUCGCAUGAUGUUUUCGUUAGGAGAGUCUUCUGAGUGAAGAAUGUUCGUUCGUUUCUUUUCUUUCUUUGAUGACAAGGUAUCGAAAGAAAAUAGCGGUGAACUGAAAUUAAAGAUGAGGGGAAUAAUUGCUGAUGUUAUUAAUUGUAUAGUUCAUAGUAGUCAAAGGACUUAUACGUUGAUUCCUGCAAUUCGAGAUGACGAUGAUGAUAUGGCGAUAUAAUGCAUGGCGUCGGAUAAAUUGCAUUAUUACAAUUAAUAGAUUUAUAUUAAGAUUUUUUGACACGUAUAAUGAUAAGAAUGCAAAAAAAAAAAAAACAUUUUCAUUUUUAAGGUAUUUACAAGUAUAUAUCGUACGUUUAUUUUACACUUUCUUCUUUGCGAAAGAUGUUCGUACUGGUAUAGUCAUGGCGUCGUUUAUUCUUGACGAUUAAUGUAGGCGAACGCAAAAACGCCUUCAGCUUUUAUAAAGAAUUUAUAACUUGAUAAGGCAAUGCGCACAGGAAAAGGAUGGUCUUCCUCUUCCUACUUCUUAUUCAUUUAAUGACGUAUGCGAAUCAAAAAAAAAUUUAUAAUUUCGCAUAUCAAUGCAUUAAAACUUAACUCGUAAUAGAAUAGUCUUGCCGAUUGUGUUGGACUAUCUUAUGACUGACUAGAUUUGACUCGCGAGAUUUAUAACUAAAACAGAGCAUAGGAACAAAUUCUAGCGUAUUUGAAGAAGUUGUUAACGUUCUGACUUAUUUACUAUUUAGCAACACAUACUACUAUGAAUGGUCGUAAGAUUUUCACAGAACUUUCUGCUAAAUAUAAUUUUAGUUUGAACUGUUCAACAUAUAGUCUGAAGAUAUUUCUCAAGAUAUUUUGCAUUGUAAUAAUAAUCCAAUUUAAAUUGCAUUUUUCAAGGCCAUAUGCUCCCUAUAAUUGUGUUUUUACGAUUCAUGUAAAUUUUAAAUAUAUUAUGAAUUGCGUAUUGUACCAUGUAUAUUAGACAAAAAUAGUUCAUAUUUGCAAUUUAAAAUGUUGUACAAUCAUGAACAAUUAGUUGUAGAAAAUUGUUGAAUAAUUUUUGAGUACGAAUUACAAGUCACAUUUUCUCUUUUUUAUACCAAAAAAACUUAUCGAAUACAUGUUUGUCCGUAUAUCGUUGGAAAUAAGGAGUAAGAAAUUUGUAGCAAUAAUACGUUAACGAAAGUGAUUUUCGAAUUUUUUAAAUAAAUACGUGAUGUGCACUCAUUUAUUUAUUUGUAUAUAAAUAUAUGACGUGAUAUGUGAUAAACGGAUAAUACGACAUGCUCAUUUGUUCUCAAGCAUGCGUUUCAAAGCUUUUUACGGAUAUAUUAAAAUAGAAUGGUUAAUUUACAGAUGCUAUAAUAAUUUGCAAUAUUUUGAACGGUAAGACGUAGUAAAAUAGAUUCGGUUCAAGUAGGUGCAAAGAGGAGGACGUCCUACAAGUGCAAUGAAAGACUGUUUUUUGAAUGAGAAAAAGAUUUCUAUUCUGCUGAAAUAGAAGAAAAAAAAAAAGAACCUAGAUCAAGAAGCGAGCUUCGAGUGCGCGCGCGUGUGUGAAUAAAAGAGAGGGAGAAUAUUCGGCGAAUGAACUACAAGUAUGGACGAUUAUUUACGAAUGACACGAACUCUAAUAUUAUAACAGUAAUACUAAUUACUAUCUUAAACAGAUUCACGAAUUAAUUUUUUGUGCAAGAAUUUUUCUUAUUCCUUCGUCUCUUUCGGUUCCUUUGCGUACUUCUAUGUUCCAUCCAUUAUCUUUACUUGAUCGUCUUGCACAUUAUUUCCCAAAGAUGGUAGUGAUGAUUUCUUAAUAUUAUAAUAAUUAUUAUUGCUGUAGUUUAUGAUUGCGAUUAUUAUAUCUAUCCGUAUGUCAUUAUGACCAUCAUCAUGCGGUGUAUUAUGAUUAUAAUGAUUAAGAUUACUACUAUCAUUAUUAUUAGUAAAG